UCCAAAAAACACCCUCCAAAACUCAAUUUCAACAUUUCUCUAGUUUUUCUCCUUUUUUUUCUUGCUGCUGUAUCAUUUUUUUUUCUUCUUUCUACUUUUAAUCUGUUCUGCGAAGGGGCCCUUCGAUUCUCCCAGGAGGCAAGGCCAAGUUGUGCUGUUCUAAACUAAAAGAAACUGCUACGUCAGAUCAAUUCAAUCAUUCUUUAAUCAAGUGCGUGUGAAAUGAGUGGCAAGACUUGCGCGAAAUUGGGAACAACAAUGUUGGGAAGAUACAUAAGGGCUUAUCAGUUUUCACUUCUCUUAUCUCCAGUGAUUUCUUUCUGGGAAUGCAGCGUGCGUAAGAUGAGAUAUUCAUCCACUCCCGAGUGGGUGUAGAUACAUUGCGAUCCGAGUUUCACAUUUUUCAUCUUAGUUUUUCUUUAGUGCUCAAAAGAGUUUACAAUAGUAAAAGGAAACACAUAGGUACUAGAUAACGAAUACUUUAUAGCGGAAGUUUUCCAAAGGAAAAUUUAGAAAAGAAAUUUGAGAAGAUAGUAGGAUUACGGUUCAUGGAAUUUGCUAAAGUAACAGUUGGUGUUAGGAAAGCCAAGAAGAAACAGGUGAAUGACGAGUUAGACCGAAUUAAACAGGCUGAGAAGAAACGAAGGCGUUUGGAGAAGGCUUUAGCUACCUCCGCAGCCAUACGCGCUGAACUGGAAAAGAAGAAGCUGAAAAAGAAACAAGAACAAGAGAGGCUCGACCAAGAAGGUGCUGCAAUAGCCGAGGCAGUUGCACUGCAGGUACUACUUGGUGAAGACUCAGACGAGUCAAUGCCGAAUAAGGAUGAGGGGUUGACCUCGUGGGACCAUGCUGGCAACAUCAACAUCAUUGUGGGGCCCACACAGCCGCUGGCGACUUACUGUGAAAGUGCAACUAGGGUUUCAGAUGCUUAUGGGUGCUUGUGGGAUCUUAGAGGAACUUCUAACUCGAUAGUUUCGUACGAUUAUCUUGGUGGUGACAUGUACCCUCAAUACUUUGGUUUAUCGGAUGGAAAUCUUGCUGCGGAGGUUGUUUCGUCGCUUAGAAUAGCUGAUGAUGCAUGGUAGAUGCUCUUGUCUUCAAUCUGUACUUAAAAGCCGGUGAAAGAAACAAUUAUAUGUGGCUUUGGCCAAGAUUCGGUGUGCGCCUUUCCCUUUUUUUUGUUCUGAACAAUGGUCCUAUUUUUCUCGGAUGUCCGAUGAUUCAAACUUUGGCUUAGGAAUCAUGUUUGGUUUCCAUUUGCAUUUUCUUAACUGAUGAUGGGUUUGUAAGUUUAUACGAAGCAAGUUUCCGAUAUAAAACAAAAUAGUCAUUAGAUAUUGAAAUGUGUAUUUGCUUCCAAGGUUCGUUUCAUUAUACAGUUGGUAAAUUUGA